CCCAGGUCUUCCGAAUGGCUUUUGAUGAAAUCCUACUCCACAUUUCUCAUAAAGUAACACGACGAGCUCAGCAUGUUCAGCCCCAAGUCAGAAGGAACAACAACCCCCUCCAUGUUCAAACCUUUCAAGAGGCUGUUGUGUCGAAAGAAAACCAAGAGUUUUGGCAGUGAUGCAACAGCGAGCGAAAGUGAGGCUUAUUUGCCGACCAGCACAAGUGAGCAUUGCCGGACUUCACCCAAGGCCAAGAGUUGGAAGAUUGGUGCCGCCAGAACAAGCGAAAGCAACACUUGUUUGUUGACCAGCACAAGUGAGCAUUGCAGGACUUCAACCAAGACCCAAAGCUGGAAGAUUGAUGUUGCCAGGGCCUUUAUAGAGAAUUGGAAUGAGCAUGAUAUGAAUGGUGCUGAAGAGCUGAUCACAAAGGAUUUUGUUUCUGUCUUUUCAGGGGCUGACAACGCACCAGUAGAGAUGGAAUACGAUGACAUGGUGGCUGAAUUCACGAAUUUAUUUGAAGCCUUUCCUGACUUCAAAUUUCAGUAUGAUUCCAUCAAGGAGUGUCUGGCCAAUGAUGUGGUGGUCUUGAGCAAUCUGGUUUCUAGUGGUCAUCACACAGCCAAGCCAUAUGCCUUUGGUCCAUGUCCGCCCAUUGAGCCAUCUGGAAAAUAUGUACGAAACUCACCAGAAACAUACUACUUCCACUUCAGGGAUGCAACGAUAUGCAAGCUAGUGGUGGAGGCAGAAGGUGAAAUGACAGGACCUCCGGGCAUCUAUACUCAGCUUGGCGGUUUUCCUCUCAUGUAGCUACUAGUAACUUCAAUAUUAAAAUACCAUGAGCACCGAAGCCCACU